AUGGCCCAGAACCAUGUCCACAUCCCCUCCAAUCUUAGCUUCAUCUUGCGGCCUCAAUGGCGACGCCAUCUACUUGGAAUUUUUCCCGUGUUUGGUUGCUUUAACCCUUCUUUCUCCUCCCUUUUUACUUCCUCUCUCUUCUUCCUUCUUCGUGUUGCUGCGCACAUCUUUAUUUUCUCUCCUUCUGAUUUACAUCCCUCGGUUUCAUCAUCAACAUCGUCGUCUUGCAUUCCUCACCCCCUCUACUUGGUCUGCGGCUCACCAGUGUGGCGUCGACCGACCCUCACCCUCUCCAUCACCAUCACACUACUCUCGCACGUUGCAACCGCCGCGACCCUCGCUGUUAUCACCCCACGCGACUUCACCUCACCGAGUUUGGUCCGGGCAGUCUGGUCUGUUAGUUGCGUCGUGUCGGUCGUGUCGUGUCGUGUUCUGCUGUGUUGUGUUGUGCUCUGUCGUAAUCGUGGCACGUCGCACACUCCAGCACAGAUCCAGUUCCCGAACUAUAUCACCGGCCUUUGGUCGCUCUCGAUUCACUUUGCCCGCACUCUAGGUCCAGGUUCGCCUCCCUGCCAGCCCUCUUACAUAGGCCAGUCCCUGUGUACGGAGUACAGAGCACCACGUCUAAAGCUCGCCACUUCAACGUCAUUUUGUGCCUUUCCCCGACACAAUUGA